AGCGUCACGCUGAGCCCCGCAGCUCCUGGCAGCCCCGUCCGGCUGCUGGCUCAGGCUGAGCCCGGCGGCUGCGGCGAGGGGAGCGCGGCUGGCCGGCUGUGCUGCGCUGCUGGACGAGCACUCAGCGAUGGCCGAGAGCUCAGCUGUGACUGCAGCAGCGUCAGAGAGAGCAGCCCCGACCAAGCUAGAGGAGCUCCUGGAGAUCACUGCUCAGAGCCUGGUGCGCGCCGAGGUGGCUGAGCACUACGAGGUCAUUCGAGAGCUGGGCAGGGGCAAGUAUGGCCACGUGAUGCUCGUGACCCACAGGCAGAGAGGGACUCCUAUGGCUCUCAAGCUGCUACCCAAAGCCAGUACCAAGCUGCACACCUUCCUGUAUGAGUAUUGUGUAGCACUGUCCCUUGCCACCCACCCUGCCAUCAUUGGAAUGUUUGGAAUUGCCAUUGAGUCCAGCCAGUACUAUGGUUUCCUCUAUGAACCAGCACUGCACAGAGACCUCAUCUCUAUCAUCAAACCCCGCGAUGGGAUCCCUGAGCCGGCCGCAAAGCAGUGUGCCAGGCAGCUGGUGAGCGCGCUGGAGUUCAUCCACAGCCGGGGGCUGGUGUACCGCGACAUCAAGCCCGAGAACGUGCUGCUCUUCGACCCCGACUGCCGGCUCGUCAAACUCACGGACUUCGGGCUCACAAGGCCCAAGGGCACCAAGCUGAAGCUGGUGGCCGGGGUGAUCCCCUACACUGCCCCCGAGCUGAGCAACACCGCUGAUGCCCAGGGGGUGCCCAUCGACAGCAGCAUGGAUGCCUGGGCCUUCGGGGUGCUGCUCUUCUGCCUGCUGACCGGCUACUUCCCCUGGGAGCAGAGCUUGCCAGAGGACCCUUUCUUUGAGGACUUCAUGCAGUGGCAGGAGACAGGCCUAGAGAAGGACGUGCCCAGGCACUGGAAGCGCCUGACAGCCGAGGCUGCGGGAAUGCUGCGGAGCCUGCUGGCUCUCGAUCCCGCCAAGCGCGGCCCCGUCAGCGGCGUGCUGCGCUACGUCCACUGCCCUUGGCGGCUGGAGGAUGGGCACGGUGAGGAGGCUGCCGUGAAGUCCUAG